UCGGUUAAUAACGUUCGGGAAUUAAACCCCUGCGAUAAAACCCUAGAGAGGGGGUUCUUGCAUGCAGGGAUCCCUCUAUCUGGGCUAAUCCUGGCCGUUCAUCGUCAUUAUUGACGGCUGAGAUCGCACAGGGCCUCGUGCUUAUCACUCUCUCUUUCUCUCUCUCACUGUUCUCAUGUCCUUCCUUGCUACUGGGCUCUUCGCCCCACCUCGCCCCCCUUUGAGAGGAAGCAGCGAGAACUUUUGGCGGCGGCGAUCGCCGAUCAUUGAUCUCUUGAGCUUGAGAACUCGUAAAAUUCAAAUCGUUUUUCGCCGAUCUCUCGAUUUCUGCCCGUUUUACUCCCGGCGCCGCCAGACGCCUCUGGUGCUCUUUGUUGAGCUUGGGAUUUGGGCUGUUGAUCGAGAUAGAGCUUGAAUUAGUAUUUUAAUGGCGAAAGUUUCGGUCUUGAUAGCUUAAACCGAGUGUUCCUUGUUUUGAGACCGCGGUUUGAUGCUAAAGUUGACUCCUUUCGCUCGCUUUUCGUAUUUAUUUUGAUUUUUCUCGGUUUUGUUUCGUUGCUUUUCUUGUUGUUGAUUAUUGAUGGUCACUGAGAGCUCGGUGAGCAUGCUGUCGGAUUUGGGAGUGGGGCUUAGUGGGGAGGAGUUGGGGAAGGAGCUGGGUAUGCUGCUCCGUGAGCAGAGAAGACAGGAGGCGUCGGCGAGCGAUCGUGAGAGGGAGCUGAACAUCUGCCGCGGUGGCUCCGCGCCACCGACCGUCGAGGGAUCCCUUGCUGCCAUCGCCGGGAUCAAGAAUGCUAACGGGUUGUUAUCGGAGGAGGAGCUCCUUUCGGACCCGGCGUACCUCUCGUAUUACUACUCUCACGUUAACCGUAACCCUCGUCUCCCACCUCCGGCGAUCUCCAAGGAGGACUGGAGGUUCUCGCGGAGGUUCCAGGCCGGGGGCUCUAGUUUUGGAGGGAUCGGGGACAAGAGGAAAUCCAGUCGCACUGAUGAAGAAGUUGGCGGGUCAUUGUUUUCAUUGCAGCCGGGUUUUAAUGUGCAGAAGGAGGAGAGUGAUGUUGAGAAGAAUGGGCUGAGUUCAGGGGAGUGGUUAGAUGGUGGUGGAGACGGGUUGAUCGGUUUGUCAGGGUUGGGGCUUGGCCGGCACCAGAGUUUCACUGAUAUCCUUCAGGAAGAACUAGGCCAAGGUACCUUUUUAGGUCCCCCAUCUCGUCCAGCAAGUCGCAGCGCAUUUGGUAGCAUUAAUGAAUCACUAAGUAAUGCUGACAAUCAGAUUGGUUUACUUCCUGAGGCUUCCUCCAUUGAUAGGCUGCAGCCUGGUGGAAGUAUCCAAAGUUUUGCUGGAUAUCAACAAAAUGGUGGACAGGCUUCACAUAAUUUCCCUUCUGUUUUGGGAUCAUCUAUUUCAAGAAGCACUACUCCUGAUGCACAUUUGUUGGGCAGAACUUCUAGUCCUAGUCUGUCAUCUGUUGGUACUACAAAGUUUGGCAUGCUCAAUAAGAAUACUGAUGCUGAAUCUUCCUAUAAUGGUAUGGCCUCAUCUAAUAUAGGUGAAGCAGAUGAUCUUGUGGCUGCUUUAUCCGGAAUGAGCUUGUCAUCUGCUGGUAUUGAUGAUGACAGUGUCGCACUCUCAAAGCUUCAAAAGGAAAUUGAUGAUCAGCAGAAAUACCUUUUUGAUCUGCAAGAUAAUCAAGAGCAUAUUGAUCAACACCAUUUCUUUAAAAGAUCCGAUUCAGGGCAUUUAGGUAUGCCCUCUGUGCCGCAAGCAAUGAGGUCUCCCCGUCCUGACCUUUGCAAGAACACUGGAGUUGAUGGGCCGGUUGAUCUACACAGGCUUAAUGGUUCAUCUCCUCAUUAUCUUAAAAUUCCUUCUGCAACUUCAGUUGCCAGUCCUGGUGGAUCUCCUGCUCAUUAUCAGAAUUCUGAUAAUACAAAUCCUGCUUUUGGAAGUUUCGGAUUGAGUGGGUAUCCUAAUAAUCAAGCAUUAUCAGCAAGGGUGUCAAAUCAUAUCGCGGCCAGUAAUUUGCCACCUCUAUUUGAAAAAUCUGCAGCUGCUGCCGCUGCCGCAUCUGCACUCUCUCCUGGUCUAGAUUCUAGGGUGGUAGGUGGUGUCUUCCCCUCAGGGCAAGGCUUAAAUGGAGCCAUAGAUCUGCCAAGUUUCAACAGACUGGGGAAUCAUGCAACAUCUGCUCUUCAUAUGGGCCCGAUUGAUCCACUUUACAGGCAGUAUCUGAGGACUGCUGAAUAUGCUGCCCAAGUUGCAGCAAACUCUGGUGAUCCUUCAGCAACCAAUUCAUAUGCGGAUUUACUUGGGCUACAGAAAGCAUACCUUGGGUCAUUGCUUCAACCACCAAGACAAUAUGGUAUGCCAUUUGCUGGUGGAUCUGAGGGGUUAAAUCAUGGUUACUAUGGCAAUCCUCCUUUUAACUUGAGUGUGGCAUAUCCAGGAAGCCCUCUAGCUAGUCCUGUAAUGCCCGCUUCCCCUGGUGGACCUGGUGGUGUUCAUAGGUAUGGUGAACGGAGCAUGCGUUUUCCCUCUGGUUUAAGAAACUUGACUGGAGGGGUCAUGGGCUCUUGGCACUCAGAAAAUGUUGGUGCUAUGGAUGAAAGUUUUCCUUUAUCACUUCUGGAGGAGUUCAAGAGCAACAAAACCCGAUGUCUUGAGCUUUCUGAAAUUGCUAGCCAUGUUGUUGAGUUCAGCUCUGAUCAGUAUGGAAGUCGAUUCAUACAGCAGAAACUUGAAACAGCAACAGAUGAAGAGAAAAAUAUGGUUUUCGAGGAGAUCAUGCCUCAAGCUCUUCCAUUGAUGACCGAUGUGUUUGGUAAUUAUGUUGUCCAAAAGUUUUUUGAGCAUGGAACUGCAGGUCAGAUAAGGGAAUUGGCUGACCAACUCAAUGGUCAUGUAUUGGCACUCAGCCUUCAGAUGUAUGGCUGUAGAGUUAUCCAGAAGGCUAUAGAAGUUGUUGAUUUGGACCAGCAGACUAGGAUGGUUCAAGAGCUUGAUGGUCAUGUCAUGCGAUGUGUGCGUGACCAAAAUGGGAACCAUGUUAUUCAGAAAUGCAUUGAGUGCAUCCCUCAGGAUGCAAUUCAGUUUAUUGUUUCAUCUUUCUAUGAUCAAGUAGUUAUGUUGUCCACUCAUCCCUAUGGCUGCCGUGUUAUUCAGAGGGUUUUGGAGCAUUGCGAUGACCCUAAAACCCAGCAGAUUGUGAUGGAUGAGAUCAUGCAGUGUGUUUGCAUGCUGGCUCAAGAUCAGUACGGGAAUUAUGUUAUUCAGCAUGUUCUUGAGCAUGGAAAGCCUGAGGAGCGAUCUGCUAUUAUCAAACAAUUAGCCGGCCAAAUUGUCCAGAUGAGUCAGCAAAAGUUUGCUUCAAAUGUCGUUGAGAAGUGUUUAACAUUUGGUGGGCCUGAGGAACGUCAAGUUUUGGUGAAUGAGAUUCUUGGAACAACUAGUGAAAAUGAGCCCCUUCAGGCAAUGAUGAAAGAUCAGUUCGGAAACUACGUUGUGCAGAAAGUAUUGGAAACUGUUGACGAUCAGCAACGUGAGCUGAUACUCUCACGAAUAAAGGUCCACUUGAAUGCACUGAAGAAAUAUACUUACGGAAAACAUAUAGUCGCACGUGUAGAGAAACUCGUUGCUGCCGGGGAGAGAAGAAUAGGACUUCAAUCCUCUUACUCCACCUAGACGGCAUAGCGAAGAUGUACAGCUAACUGAUGCUAGUAUCGGCUCCACGUCUUCAUCUAUCUAUGUAGACGAUCGAGUACAGACUGAUUGAAAAUAAUAAUGUUGUUUGUACUUAAAAAAAAUUGUACAUUGUGUAGUAUUAGUUUGAGAUGAUAUGAUAGUAGGACAUGCAUGUUCAGAGCACCUCAUACAGCUACAUAGAGGUUCAAAAAUGUGUGUGAGUCUCUCAAAGGGUGUAUAGCAAUGGUAAAGAAAGAGAAGAAGAAGAAGCGUGUACUAGUGCUGCUUAUGUUGCCGUGACUGUACAAUUACUGCUGUGUGGAGAGCUCUAGUUUUAGAGUUAUAUUUAGAGCACUGAAUUUUUGGUUCGUCUGUUGUUGGAGUUCUUUUGUCAUUUUUCUUUAUAAUGUACAAUUUUCUUAUGUCUCCAAGACUUUAAUUUAUUUGGGUUAUGUUUUUGUUAA